ACAUUGCUCUCGCGCCCAUGACAUCUGUUCAUUCCGCCGUUUCUGUCAUUUCCGUCUACGUGAUUAUCUACCCAGCGCGAUUAUCAAUUAAAUAAAGAACAGCCACGCGAGAUUUAAGCGCGAAGCGCUUUCGAACGAACACCGUCGCGUAAUCUCGUACAGCGGGAAAAGAGAGGAAAAAAAGGGAGUAACUCGCCGGUAAAAGGAAGAAAGAAAGAAAGAGAAAGAAAGAAGCCGGUGCGGAAGUGCGCGUAGGUAGCGGAAGGGAGGAGGUAACACAGGGGAGAGCAGAAGAGAAGACGGGAAUGACGGGAUUGCGCCGGUACCGAAGGGAGACGGAAGGAGUGCGGUGGUAGAGUAGAACUAGGUAGGCAGGACGCGGUUGGCGGUCGGGGAGGAAAGCGCGAUCGACUACGUUCGCCUGGUUAGCGGGCGAGCGAGCGGCACAGACGUGAGACUCGUCGGCGGCAGCGGACGACGGCAGCGUCGGUGCUAAAAGGCGGGGACGGUCGUCGCUCGAGCGUGACCGCGUGUGAGCUUAGUAACGGCGCCAGUCCUCUCUCCUCUCUCUCUCUCUCUCUCUCUCCCUUCCUCCCUCUCUUGUCUCUCCUUUCGUCUCCGUCGUCCCUCUUCUUCCGCUUCGCCUCCCCCUUUCGUGCAUCCACCGCCGGGCGACGUUAGAAGAGGAGGAAGACCGACGCGUGCCGCCCGCCUGACGGACUGAAGAAAACUUGCGACCGACGCCGACGGCGAGCAGUCGUUACUCGAGUUUACCGAGCCGCGGCCAGAGGCGACGGCUUAAAAGCUUGUAAUCUCGUCGUUCACUUGCUUUUCCUCGUACGCGGCACACUUCACGAGGUCGCGGCCGCUGCGCGGGAAGGAACCCGACCGACCGCCGGCACCAAGGGGAAAUAACGACGAUCACGGAAGAAUCGCCGAGGUUGUUGCCUCCGCGCUUACCGUACUCCAGCGCGGAAGGUGGUGCUUCGCGUGCCGUGUAUGCGUUUAUGUGCGCGGUUAGGUGACAGAAGGAGAGACACCGACGACGACGACGACGACGAGGAACGCGGGGUGCUGCCGUUAUUGCUACUGCUACUGUUACUGUUAGAUCACGUAGUCAUCGACGAGCUGCUGCCGGUUACGUGGUGCUCGUCUGAUAAAGGGUGCUCGGUGACAGCAACGGAUACGAGUGGACAGGUACGGGAGGACCAUCGCACCGGGGAGAAGAAAGAGACGUGUAAUAGCAGAUUCUAUUCAAGAUGACGAGCGUAGUAACAAAUCUGGUGCAUAGUUAUAGGGACCUUAUGGACAAUCAGUCCGAUUCCAGGGUGAAUGAUUGGGCAAUGAUGAGCAGCCCUUUCCCGACCUUGGCGAUAUGUCUGUCGUACGCUUACUUUAGCAAGGUUCUGGGACCGAAACUGAUGGAAAACAGAAAGCCUUUUGAUCUUCGGGGAGUCCUCAUUAUGUAUAAUUUCCUACAGACUCUCUUCUCCAUGUGGAUAUUUUACGAGUAUCUUAUGAGCGGUUGGGCGAAAGGUUAUAGUAUCCAUUGCCAACCGGUGGAUUAUUCGUCCAGCCCAAUGGGCCUCAGAAUGGCAAGAACCUGCUGGUGGUACUAUUUUAGCAAAUUUACUGAGUUCUUUGAUACGCUGUUCUUUAUUCUAAGGAAAAAGAAUCAACAUGUUUCAACACUUCAUGUAAUUCAUCACGGAGUAAUGCCCUUUUCUGUAUGGAUGGGCGUGAAAUUUGCACCGGGCGGCCACAGCACGUUUUUUGCUCUUCUAAACACCUUCGUACACAUCGUGAUGUAUUUCUAUUACAUGGUAGCCGCGAUGGGACCGCAAUUCCAGAAGUACAUCUGGUGGAAGAAGUACCUCACUACUAUGCAAAUGAUACAAUUCGUGAUGAUCAUGCUCCAUCAAUUCCAAUUGUUCUUCAUCGAGUGCAACUAUCCGCGAGGUUUCAUGAUUUGGAUCGGCUUGCACGGUAUCCUAUUCUUCGGGUUGUUCUCGGAUUUCUACAAGACGAAAUAUACGUACGACUCAAGGAAAAACUCCGUGAAGAAGAUACAAAACGGUAUUUCCGGUGGAGCUUGCAUGCCGGUUUUGGACGAUAACGAUAGCGCGACGCACAACGGUGUGUCCUCGUACACUACAAUCUAUAACAAGGAGUACAACAGCUGUUACAGCAACGGCACAAACAACGGUUACGUUGCCAAUAAUAACGUCACGGAGAAAAAACUCGCUUAGGACACGUGAGAAGCUCGAACAUUUUUUUUAUGUGCCGGUCAGCUGCUCGUCUUAUUAUACCUACAAUUACCAUUCUAUAAAAGAUCAAGAUUUGCAACAUGUCCAUAAACUUAGGCAUGAAAAUAAAAAGCCAAAUUACACGCACGUGGUAUGGAAGACAACGAGACAAGAUCUCAGACGGAAGAACUGGCACGUAUUAUAAAGCGAGACAUCUCGUUAUUCUGCGUUGUUAGCAGAGCAGUAGUUGUGUUCACUAACAUAGUAUCAUCGACGACAGGGCUGUUACGAUGUUCGACGUUAAAACUAAUAGGAAGAGAAAGAAGAAAAAAUAAAUGCGAUACAACUAAUCGCCGAGGGAAAAAAUUAUUGUGAAUCUUCAUUUUCAGGUCUUUGUGAGAUAUGGCAUGGUCUUUAAAUUAAUGAUUCGUGACAUCUGCCAUACGAAAAUAGAACGUUAAUAAUAUUAUCGGAAAUCGUUAAUAGUACAGAUAAGAAUAUUAGAAGGAAAAAACUAAAGGACUACUUUUGCGAUUUCCGUGUUUGGUGUUGUACGGAAACUACUGCGGUUUAUAAAAUCUUUAAAUUACGACUAGUUUGACAAAGCUAAUCAGAAAUGAGAUCACAUUUGACGAAAUGUGAAAAUAAGCUGUAAGCUGGGUAACGUUAAUGCGCACACAACAUGAUGAAGAAUAUAGAGUAUUCAUCGUUGAUAACUAUACUGGAAAGAGCGACAUUCACUGUGCGUACAAUUUUUUUGGUACUGGUUGUGUACGUAUUGAAUACGAGUGUGGAUGUUUCUUAGUCGUAUGUAAUUUUUCAAGGCAUCUCUUGUUGAGACACAUUGCUGAAACUAAACUCCCCUCCCCCCUCCUUCUUACCAUCAUUAUCGACUCUGCCGGUUCGGUUGUUUCAUCUUCGGAUAAACUAUGUGGUAACUUAAGGAAUAAAAGAGAACGAAAGAACGACUAUAAGAUGAGAUUUAUCAAAAGAUUGAACAACCUAAUCUCUGUCUCUUUCUAGCCCCGACUGUGUUCAAAACUUCGGUGUUCUUACAAAUUAACGUACAAAUCAAUUCGCCCAAAAUAUCGUACAACAAAGUUGGCUAUAUAAUUAUAUUGGCAAUAUAAGUUAAUGAUUCGUAAAAAUAUGAUCAAUAAGUUUGAA